AUGGUCCGCAAUCUUGUCGUCCUCGGCGGGAACUCGCACCCACAGCUCACAGACACCAUCUGCAGCCACCUCGGCAUCGCGCCCGCAAAGGUGCUGCUCGGCAAGUUCAAAGUCGGCGAGACGCGCGUGGAGAUUGAAGAGAGCGUGCGCGGAAAGGAUGUCUUCAUCAUCCAGUCCGGGUCUGGCGGUGGAAAAGUCAACGACCAUUUGAUGGAACUUCUGAUCGCCAUCUCUGCCUGCCGGACUGCUUCUGCAAAACGCAUCACGGCGGUCCUGCCGCUGUUCCCUUACUCUCGCCAGUCGGACAUUCCCUACAACAAGACGGGCGCUCCGCUCGCAAAGGCUCCCGGCACGCGCUCGAGAACGGGCACGUAUACCUUCGACUCCCGCCCGCAGACGCCGCACCCGGGCCAGGCGGAGAGCGCAGGCCUGUCCAAUGGCUCCGCUGCACUCCACCACCAGCUCAGUCGCAUGAAGAUGGACGAGCGCCAUGGCGGACACCAGCUCCCGCCUACCAGCCCCGUCAAGUCGGACAGCCUCAGGCGCAGCGACACGUUCGACUCCAACAAAUCGGACAAGUCGGACAAGCACGCACACCACAAUGGAACGAACGGGACCAACGGCAUCACACGGCAAAACACGACCAAGCCUCCGGUCUUCGAGCCCCAGGCCGGAUACAGACAGUGGGUCGCUCAGGCAGGCACACUGAUUGCAGACCUCCUCACCUGCGCGGGCGCCGACCACGUCAUUACCAUGGAUCUGCAUGACCCUCAAUACCAGGGCUUCUUCGACAUCCCCGUCGACAACCUGUACGGCCGCCAUCUCCUCCGCAAACACAUCCAAUUCAACAUCCCCAACUACCAGCAAGCGGUAGUCGUGAGUCCCGAUGCUGGAGGCGCUAAGCGUGCCACCGCCAUUGCCGACGCGCUCGGAAUGCCCUUUGCCCUCAUCCACAAGGAGCGCCGCCCCACACAGAUCAACGACCGCCAAAACGCGACUAUGAUGCUGGUCGGAGACGUCGCAGACCGUGUCGCCAUCCUCGUCGACGAUCUGGCUGACACUUCCAACACCAUCACGCGCGCGGCUAAACUGCUGAAGAAGGAGGGCGCGACAACAGUGUAUGCACUCAUCACGCACGGCAUCCUCAGCGGAGACGCUAUCGAUCGCAUCAAUGCCAGCGCGCUCGACAAGGUCGUAGUCACAAACACGGUCGACCAGACGGAACACAUGCUGCGGUGCCCCAAGCUGGAGGUCCUCGAGGUUGGCAACGUCUUCGCAGAGGCCAUCCGACGUGUCCACCACGGCGAGAGCAUCAGCGUGCUGUUCGACUACAGUUAG